AAAGAACUUAUAGAUGGUUCAAAGGAUAUGGUGAGAGAUGCAAUUAUUGGAAAACUUGAUGUUGAAGUCAUGUUAUCUUCUUCACACACAUUUCGUAUUAUAGAGUUGGGAUGUUCAACUGGACCAAACACUUUCCAUGCAAUGCAACAUGUUGUAGACGUUGUAAAGGAAAAAUAUCACAAUAUUAUUCUUGAAUUUCAAGUAUUUUUUAGUGAUCAUGUCGAAAAUGAUUUCAACACUGUUUUUCGAUCACUACCUAUUGAUCGAUCCUACUAUGCAUCUGGAGUUCCAGGAUCUUUUCAUGAUAGAUUAUUUCCAACGCGAUCGAUACAUUUUGCACAUUCUUCUUGUGCUAUACAUUGGUUAUCUAAGAUUCCAAAAGAAUUGUUAGAUGCGAAAUCUCCAACAUGGAAUAAGGGAUUGAUUCACUAUGGUACAUCAAAUAUUGAUGUAGUGAAUACUUAUAUUGCUCAAUUUGAAAUGGACAUGGAAAUAUUCUUUAAUUCAAGAGCUGAGGAGAUUGUCCCUGGAGGAAUGAUGGUGUUUAUUUCACCAUUUUCAAGUUACAUACGUCUUGUGGAAUUUUUCGGGUCUAGUCUUAUGGAUUUGGUAAAUGAGGUCCGAGUACUAGCUACCGACGUUGAUUCGAGCCAGCUGCAGUCGUGA